AUGAUACGAAAAAACAAAAACAGUUAUUCCACACCACCUGUAAGGUCUUAUAAUAGACGUAAUUCAGCUAAUGGACAAAAUGGCACAACUUCUACAGAAUUUAAACCAAAUUCCAGAAUGCAAUUUGGUUUUACUUUAUUGGAUAUUGAUGGAGUUGAAAAUAUCAAAGAUAUAAGAUUUCAAUUUCAAGAAUUUUCGACUAAUGAUGAAAAUAUUCGAUUUUCCGAAUUUUCAAAUAGUGAGACAACAAAUAGAUCGUAUAACUUACAAAAAAAAUUUAUCGUGAAAAGAGCUCCAAAACAACUUCAUAAUAAUCAAAAUGAUAACGAUAAUGAUGUUAUCGAUGAUUUGGUAAAUCAAUUAAAAUGUGGAUUAUUACUUCCAUCCAUAGAAUACGAUUCUUUCAGUACUACAGAUAAACUUGAAGAAUGCUUAGAUGAAAUUUCUCGUGAAAUAAAAGCUACCAAUACUAUUGAAUCUCGAUUUUCUCUUCAAAGGAAACAAAUGAGAAUGUGUAUCUUUUUUGGUCGCGAAGUAUUUACAAGAGUCAAUGAUGAACAUUUUGACGUUAUGCAUUGGGCUAGAUUUAAAAGAAAAGGAGAUUCCUCGCUUGCCACUACUUUCAGUCAUUAUCUUUUUGCCAAAAUUAUCGAUAAUAUGGAUCUAAUUAAACAAAAAUUUAAAUUAAAAGAACGAGAUGAUAAGUCUAUCGAAAAUAAAAGGAGUAUUUGGAAGAUCACCAGAGCAGCAACAGACAUCAAACGUGUUUCGUGUGUUGAUAUCGUUUCAGGAUCUGAUGAUCCUGAUUUAAGACUUUCAGUUAAAACACAGUAUGAUCUUAAUUGGGAUCCUAAAUUAGACGAAAUCAUGAAGAAACUGCAAGAUAAACCUAAAACUAGAAAUUGGAAUGGACAAUGGUUUAAUUGCAAUGAUUUCUUUGAUAUUAGAUGUGAAUGCGUCCAACAUAAGUUUAAAAAACAAUGUUUUUAUAAUGAUAAGUUUCAGGUCACUAUUGAAACAACAUGUCAUGAUAACAAGGGCAAGAUUAAGAAUGAAGAUUCUAUUAGCGUGAAACACCUAUCAUGGCGAACAAAUGAAAAUUUUAAUUUUCAUAGUACUGUUUCUGAAACUUUUGAUUUCGCCAAAGAAAUAAUUAGAUUUGUUAGAUGA